GGUCCUGCGAGAGAGAGCGCGAGCAGCGAGUCGCGAGAGUUUGGCCUCCACAAGGCGCUGGUGUAAUGGACGCCGCGGAGAGGCAGGAAUGGGGACUUCAGCUCGGCGCCGACGGCAAACGGCGACGAACUCGACGUUAUAUUUGACAAACAGAUAAAACACGAUCGCCGCUUAUUUUCGGCGGAGUGGCCGGUCCGCAUGCCCCGGGGACGAGCUGGAGAGGAGCAGCGCGUCUAUAAAAGUGAAAAGAGUUGCGGGAUUACUGGCCUGCUGAUGGACACAUAGGGAGUGCUGUGUUCGUAUUGUUUCCAGCCACUCGCAAUGAAGAGCGAGGUCCAGACCGAUGCACGCCGCAAACAGGACCCGCUGAAAGGGCCUCUGGUUAAUCCUGAGCCCAUGGAGACAGCUAAAAGUUUCCCCUCAGAGGUGGAUGUGAUCGGCAAGGCUGGAGGAGAUUUCACAGCGCUGUGUGGCGAGACGAGACAUCGAACUCUACGAGAUGCUGGGGGGCGCAGAGACUCUGAAAGGAGCCGAAAGAAGCGAAAAAGCCAGCAGCCCGGACCCUCGGACUGUUCUCUAAAGGAAGGGAGACUGAGUGAGGCAGCGAUACCUCCACCCCGUCUGGAGACACGCAGUGAGGAUGAACGGAAUGCCGAAUCCUCAUUUAGUGACUGCGCCUCCUCGCCUUCAUCCAGCCUGCGUUUUGGCGAUUCAGACACUUUGAGCUCAGAAGAAGAUGGUCGGCAACAGCAGCACAUUAAAGCCUCAUCCGCCAGUGCAGGAGGAACAGGCCCGACGCGCACUCUCCUGAGCCGAACUCGCGCCAGCAGGUCACACAAAUGGGCGCGACUUGAAAACCCAGAGGCCAAUCAUGUGAAACGUCCAUGUCUGAGCUCACGGCGGCAGCUUAACAGGAAGCGAUUUGCAAAGGGUGGGAACGGAGGUGGAGCUCAGCGCACUCCAAAGCAGAGGGAGCGUCUGCUGCUACAGAGGAAGAAGAGGGAGGUGAUCGCGCGCAGAAAGUAUGAACUCUUGCAUAGCAGCAGUAGCUCUAGCGAGGAGCUGACCUCUGACUCCUCCUCAUCCUCUUCCACUGAGGGGGAUGAUGACCUGUAUGUGGGAGUGAGCAGCAGCGCUGGUAGUCAGAUGAACAGCACCACUGUGGCCUCAGGUGCACUGGAUGAAGAUGUGGUGGUGAUCGAAGCUACUCCUGCACCUCCAGUUCCAGCUAGCGAGGAGAUCAACGUCACCUCCACUGACAGUGAGGUAGAAAUUGUAGGAGAUGCCUACAGGCCGCGGUCAGUGGGGGGUCAUGGCAGAAUGCACUGGGGGCCGAGUUGCUCUCAGACUCGGGCUCAGGAAGGCAGAGGACGCCAUCGUCUCUCCACAGUCAUCCAGCCCCUUAGACAGAGUGCCAGCGAGGUAGUGGACCUCACUGUGGACGAGGAUGAUCUUUCAGUCGUGCCAACCACUUCUGACAGUGUGCACUUGCAGCCUGCCAGCUCCUCUGCCUCCUCUACUUCCUCCCUCCUUGCCUCUACCUCAGAGCCCUCCCAGGAUGCCCCAGGCCCCUCCACUAGCUGCUCUGUUGUGGCCCCCGACAGCACGAUGGAGGCCCACAGUGGGGCCCCAGGGCCCAGCAACACCAUCACUCCUACAGAAGAAGACAAUAGAAGAGGUUCAUCUGGUGAGAGUGGAGGUGUUGCCAUGCCCCGGCUGCCAUCAUGUUGCCCUCAGCACUCUCCCUGCAGUGGCCCCUCCUCAGGGCACCUUUCCCUGAAUCACUCACACUCAGGGUGCAUGCAGGCAGGGCAGGCGCCGCAGCAUGGCCCCCCUCAGCCUGGAUCUCAGCACUCGCACGGCCACUCACAUCACUUCCACCACCAUCACCAUCACCAUGCAGGCACCGCGCCCCCAUCUUUGCCUUUUCCUGAGCCCAGCUGCCCCCUGGAGAGGUCUGGUGCCAUGCCCGUACCCUGCGCAGGGGUCAGCGCCAGCACCCAGUACCAUGACCAGCAGACCCUCCCAGUGGAUCUCAGUAGCAGUGCUGUACGUAGCAGUGGCUCCAGCAGUAGCAGUUUCAGCAGCACGUCCGCCUUUGACCCGUGCUGUCCAGGCAAUACCUCUCGGCCUCCUGUUUAUGUUUCCCAGGCCACUCCGGGUCCAAGCCAGCCUAAUGUGGUGGACACUUUCAGCCCGGCCAUGGUGGCCCAACCACAGCCCCAGUCUCAGCUUUCGUCCUGCAGGCACUACAUGCAUCCCUCCUAUGGUUCUCUGGCACGCUCUUUACACCACCAGUCCUCCUCGUCGUGUCCCCAUUCUCACAGUAACCCCCCUCCCCCUCCUCAGCCUCCUCCUCAAAGUGACUACGUCAUUCCCCACCCCGUGCUCCCCUACCACACCCCAUUACCCUCUCAUGGCCCGGGCCACACUGUGCCUGCUGCCCCUGCUCCCUCUCUUCCCCCCCACCACCUCCCAGGCUCUGCUGCCCCCCUGCCACAGCACCUGGCUCCCGAGCACCAGGCGCUGCAGCACCACCUGCCCGUGCUGGGCCCCAACGCCGUGCAGAGGCUCCACCAGCACGACAUUCUGCAGAGGAUGGAGGUUCAGAGGCGGAGAAUGAUGCAGCACCCCACCCGAGCACACGAAAGACCUCCCCCUCACCCUCACAGAAUGCACCCCAACUAUGGUCAUGGACACCAUAUCCAUGUCCCCCAGACCAUGUCCUCGCACCCACGCCAGACUGAACAGAGAACCGCAUGGGAGCUGGGCAUCGAGACUGGUGUGACUGUAGCUCCAUACCCUUCAGGGCAUUUGCACCCUCAUCUGCCCCACUACCAUCCCCCACCCAGACUGCACCACUUCCCCAUCCCACUGAUGCACGCUGGCAUGUCUGAGGUUACCUAUCCUCACAUUCGCUACAUCUCAUCUAGAAUGACAUUUGGCCGAACCUACGAGGAUCUGCUGCAUUUAGAGGAGCGGCUGGGGACUGUGAAUAGAGGAGCCUCUCAGGGAACUAUAGAGAGGUGCACUUAUCCACACAAGUACAAGAAGAGAAAGCUGCACGGUAAGCAGGAUGAGGAGGAGGGCGCGGAGGAAGACACAGAGGAGAAAUGCACCAUCUGUCUGUCUAUACUGGAGGAAGGAGAGGAUGUCAGGCGCCUCCCCUGUAUGCACCUCUUCCAUCAGCUGUGUGUGGAUCAGUGGCUCCUCACUAACAAAAAGUGCCCCAUCUGUAGAGUGGACAUAGAGGCGCAGUUAUCCUCUGAAAGUUGAUGCUGUUUUUCUAGUGACUUUUUUUUUUUUUUUUUUUUUUUUUUUUUUUUUUUUUUUUUUUUUUGGUCGUUGUACUGUUGUAUGUUUUGUUUUAUUUUCAUUUUUUUCCAGUAACACAUUCAACCAAAGAUGGCAUGAAUUACCUGUGCAGAUCCAAUAUCGAAAAAUGAAAAAGAAGAAAAAAAAAUUGACUGCCAGCUAUCAUAGUACCAAUAAUGCUAGAAAUUACAUUUUCAUUAAGGAUUUCAAAUUUUAUUUGUAUUUAUAAAGCUUUUAUGUAGCUUUUAAUUGUUUCACAAGUGUCAUAGUAUAUUUUUUUUUGUUUGUUUUUGUUUUUGGUUUUUUUAUUUUAAUUUUAUUUUAUUUUGCAUGGAUCCUUGCAAUGCAUUUCUUUGCACAUAUAGAUGAUAACGGGCCUGUCAGGCUUUACAGACUUGCAGGCAAGAAGAGCUGCUCUGGUAAAGAAGCAUUUUUAUAUACCUAAUGCCUUGCUUUACUGGAAUAGAAUAUCAACCUCCAUUAUAAACCAUUGCAGGACUCAUUUUAUCGAUCAGUAUAUUGAUUAGGUUCAUGUUUUAGCCAGUGUGAUCUGCAAAUGAUUUUUUUUAAAAGCGAAUCAACACAUUCCUUAAUUAGGAAGUGAGAUCAUGUUUGAGAUGGGCUCUUGUUAUCAGUGUUCACCUUCCCACAGCGUUCAUCAUCACUCUUCUCACCUCUGGGGAUCAGCAUACGUUCAAGUCCUGAUGGAUCCCACUGUGCACCUCAACCUCACCAUCGGGGGGAAAAAAAUCCUGAAUGUCGCCUGUAUCUGUUGUAUCUGUUAUUAGUAUCAUUACAAUCAAAGCUGUGUUGGGCCACGUGCUCUCGAUGAACUGUCACUGCUUGGUUCAGUGGGGAUCUCUGGCACAAACACAGUCACCACACAGCCUGGAGGAAUUAUAAAACUGAGUAUUGAUUUCCUCAUGCUUUCCUGGAUUUUUUUUUUCCCUCCCCUUUGUCUCUCAUCUCUUCACAUCUCCGAAAGUGACUCUUAUAGGCUGAUUACUCUGUUCAGAUGAACACAAACGCACACACUCUCAUGAAUGCAUUCUUUUUUCUCUCUCUAGAGCUGUGCAGCAAACUGUUGUUUUAUGAUUUUCCUGUUUUCUUUUUGCUGCUGUGAAAGCCUAACACUAAUAUUAUUCUUAACUAGCUAACUUGCAUAUACUUGCACAUGAGAGACAAAAAAAACAGGAGUGCAUUGAAAAAAAAAAAAAGUGUGCUGAGGCCAUGGAUUUCCUCUGUUUGCUGAGUUUUAGGAGGAAAAAACUGUAAUUUUGAAUGGAGUGUUGGAAUACAGUACUUAAUGGCAGGUAUCCAUGCAUUCAUAGACUUAAUGAUCCCAGGGCGAUAAGCCUUGGGAUUUACGUUAGUUUUAAAAUAAUAAUAUUAAUAAAGUUAGGUAACUCUU